AUGUCCUUCGCUGAGGAGGAGUACUAUAUUGAAGAGGAUUAUGAUUCUGUAUAUGACGAAGGUCCUUGGUCGUUAACUGCAGAAAAGAUGGAAGAGAAACAUAUGCCAGGUGUUGCUUCUUUGGGAACGGAGUCCUUUACAACGCUGUCAGCGAGUCAGGUACUAGAAAAUAUGCGUGGGGAUAUUGAAAAAGCAAAUGAAAUUCUUGGAUUAACACCUGAAGCCGCACUUCUUGUUCUUCGACGUCUCGGUUGGGUAAUGAAUGAUGCUGUAUUAGAAAGAUACCUGGGUGAUAUGGAAAAAAUUAAUAAGGAACUUAACAUUACAGAUAUCUGUACUGUUAAGAAUUCCUCUGAUAAUGAAGAAGAAGAUACUUUAUUAGUGAGAAAUGAUACACCUCUGGAGUGUCCUAUAUGUGGAGAUGUAGUGGCUGUAGGGAAAGCAGUGGCUAUCCCCAGAUGUCAACAUUUUUUCUGUACGGAUUGUUUUGCAGCGAACCUAAUUUUUGCAUUAAAGCAUGAUCUUGACUUAUUUAACAAACGGUGCCCUAAGAAGAAGUGUUGUAGUAUAGUAGGUAUUGGUGUAUUUAAGGAACUUUUACCCCCAAAGGAGUAUGGACAUGUACAACAACGUAUGAUUAGGGAUUAUCUUAGAAACAAUUUGCAUAUGCGUUGUUGCCCUAAUAAAGCAUCUUGUGAAGGUGUAUUACAUGUGAUGACUCUACGAGAUUCUGGACCAGAUGUAUGUUGUUCUAUAUGUGGAUUUGAAUUUUGUUUUAAUUGCCUUCAACCCCCUCAUGCUCCCGCAACUUGUCAAAUGAUGAGACGUUGGGAGGAAGUCCUUCAAAAGAAUGAACCAACACUGGCACUUAUUCAAGAAAAAACAAAAGGUUGUCCAAAAUGUGCAGUACGUACAGAGAAAAAUCAAGGUUGUAAUCAUAUGACAUGUAGUUGUUGUCAUCAUGAGUAUUGUUGGGUGUGUCUUGGACCAUGGUCAGAACAUAAUCGUAGUUACUAUAAUUGUGAUAAACGUGAUCCUGAUAAUAAUAAAAAUAGUGAUCAAGUGUUUUUUCUAAAUUGUUUUACACGAUGGGAAAAUCAUAAGGAAAGUAUUUUCCUUGAAAAAGAAACACUAGAAAAGUUAUUACAGAAAAUACGAAGUGAAACGCAACAUCAUAAGGAUACACAAAUGCAUGCGAAUGCAUUAAAUAUUAUUCUCGAGACACAACGUGUAUUACAUGAAUGUCGAUUGACAUUAAUGAAUGGAUAUAUUGCACUUUACUUUGGUGGUCUUUCCAACACAUCUUUUCACUACCGCUUACAACAACUUGAACUUCGUACUGAAGAGACUAGUGCACUUAUUCACCUUUUACCCAAUCAAGAUAAAGUGGAUGAAAUUAAAUCUCGUCUUGCACAAGCAGCCCACUGGUGUAAUGUAUUGCGGAAAGAAGGUAUUGACUGA